AUGGCUACAGAAAGACUUGAGCAACCCGUCGUGGCUGGCAGCGAGGAGCCGCGCAUGGCUCUCGCUGCCCGGAUGAAACAAUACGAAGCCGCUACAGAAAUCAAUCUCGAGCCAUCGCAACCCGUCAUUCUCAGACUCGAUGGACACGCCUUCUCGAAAUUCACGGCGCCCUUCUCGAAACCAUUUGAUGAAAGGCUGCACGAAGCAAUGGUGAGGACUUGUGCAGACCUGCUCGACUCCUACCCAGCUGCCACACUUGCCUACACGCAAUCAGACGAAAUCACUCUCGUCUUCCCUAAUGGUGUUGAAUCAUUCAACGACCGUGCCAUGAAGAUUGUCACGCUGGCUGCUGGGUUUUGCUCCGUUCACUUCUACUCGCACCUCAUAACUGCACUGGCGGAGUCGCCUGACCCGCCAAUAAAGAAGGACAUCGGAUCUCUUCCUCUUCCUCAUUUCGAUGGGCGCAUAUUCAAUGUUCCCACAGUCGAAGAGUGUCUGAAUAAUGUGCUGUGGCGGUGUCGCGGCGACGCUGUCCGGAACAGUGUGUCAGCCUUUGCGCGUAGCUACUUCUCGACAAGGGAGCUGCAUGGCAAGAACCAAGAGGAGAUGGUUGAAAUGGUCCGGCGGGAGAAGGGUGUUAUUUAUAGGGAGGCUGUGCCCAGGUGGGCGCUGGAGGGAUCUAUAGUAAAGAAAACACUGGUGGAGUUGGAAGCAGUGAAUAAGAAGACGGGCGAGAGGGCAAUCUCGACACGUACAAGGACGAGGUGCGAAGAUAGAGGCAUAACGGAGUUCUCGGAUGCUACUUUGGCGCUCGUCAAAGAGAAAUAUUGGCCUUGA